CAUAUCAUGUGAUAUCAUGCGCAGAAAGGUGGAGCGAACCUCGUCGUGAGUUAUAUCAUGGUCAAUAUUUCAGAUUUCAAUCACGAUUCGAGCACGGGAUCGAUAGUAGGAUUAGUAGGCUCGCGUGAGGUGUAAAACAGAAAUUAUGAAUGGUAAAAAUAGGCGUGGCGGCAACGCGACCGCUCCGCUGAAAGCCCUGAAAGGUCCCAGUCGAGGACGUUACGAACGUCAGAAAUUGGAAGAGAGUCAGUAAGUAUUUCUCCUCUCCCUUUCUCACAUCAAAAACACGCGGGUUGCAGUAUCUUCGCGACGGGACCGUCGCCGUUUGGUUCUUGUUGAUGGCGAAGACCCUCGGGGAAAGCAUGAAAUGCGAAGAAACAACAUCAGCAGAAGCACGAUCAGCCCACUGACGCAGAAGAUAAAAGCUUCCCAACACCUGCUGCGACUUAAGGACGAGGAGGAUGGCUGCAACGACGAAUGGGACGGUCGUUUCCGACUACCUAGUUUGCCACGGCAGAAAGCGUUAAAAGACGAUGAUACCCUGUCCAGUAGCAACAGCGCGGCAACAUCUGUUUCAUGGUCGCAGGAGAUGGAGAAUGUGGUAACUCAGAAAUUAGAGGAGCAAUGGACUGCCGUGGAGAGGACCUUCUAUGAGGAGGACACUCAGAUGCUUAAAGAUUCUAUUUUGGACGAGUGUACGCAGUGGAAAACACAGAUACCAUAUCUGAGAAUAGUUGGCAAGAAUCCGACUUGUGGCAGCAACAGUACACAACGUGACAUUGGUUCCAGCAGUAAGAAGACAAAGAGACUUGAUGAUCUGCAGAAUGAUGAAGUAUUCAUAGAACGCAAUCUUUCAAUGAAGGAAGGAGAGGAUUCUAUGCAAUACAAAUUGAAUAAGGCAAAGUUCGAAGAUGUUCUCGACAUGAUGAUGGAAUAUGUAAUCUCGGAGCUUUUUCCUAACGAGAAGGAUGAAACAGAUUCUUUGCACGACGAUUUGACUGACGCCCUAAGGAUAGCUCCCGCUCCUGUUCACGGUAGAAAUUCGUCAAAAAAUUCAAAAGCAAAUUGGACAGAGGAAGCAAUCUCGCCUAAUUACAUUGAGAACAAAUCUAUAAGUAUAAGGAAUCGAUUGCUGGAUACGGAAAGUUCCCUUCAGACAAUAAAGAACGAUGCAAAUCUUCAAGGAAUCCAGAAGAAAUCAAGGAAAUCGAUCUCUGCUACGCCACAUAUAGGCAGAAAUAAACUUGGCACUAUUUUUAAUGAGAGGAUUGUUGUAAGCCCUGUGCCCUUUACAGUGUCUACCCGAGAAAGCUUCUCUACUGUAAAGACCAUUCCGAUUAAAUUUAUGAACGAGGAUUUGGAAAUCUCUUCCGCUCAAGGAUUAUCUCGAAACAUUGGCUUCCAAAGUUUUGCGAAAAAGUCGGGUGCCUUCUUGAGAAAUCCGAAUAUUCAUUCCGCCUGGCAAGCUUCUGUCUCUCCUACUGUUUGGCCGAAAAAUAUCCGACUUGCUCCCCUAGACACUUCGAAACUUCCUAACAGCAAAAAUAGAUCAUUGGCACCAUCGCCUGCUGUCCAGCACUGUAACAGAAAAUCAUUGAGCCCGAUUUCUCGUCCCAUGAUACCAAAAUCCGCCCAUUUAACUCGCGAUUGUAGCAUUAAUUUUUUAGAGAUUCAAGGGAAGCAUAUCAUUCCCAACUGGGAUUACAGUCCCAAAGUGGCCAAGAAUAAGAAGAAGAAAACUCAAACAAAGGAAAGACUUUGAGAAAAAGCUUAACUUGAUGAAGUCAGAAGCGCUUUGAAUAUUUGCAUGCAAGAAAUAUAUUUUUCAAAAAUGUCAGACACGUGUAUCCUGUAUGUAACUGCAAAGAAGCCUAGAAGUACAAAAUGCUUUAACGCGUUCAGUUUUGCAAGCAGGAUAAUGCUUCACUAUAUAUUUACUGCGCGCGUCAGUAGGUCUGUUCGCGUUGCUUGCACUUUUUAUAAGAAUCUUUUUCAGAAUUUCCGCUUUCUCUCUUUUCAACGCCCGAAUUAUAUAUUUAUCUCGUCUUAAGUACAAAAAUUUUGGGAGAUUUUAAGCAACGCGAACAAACUUAAUGUAAAGUAUUUACGAAAGAUGAUCGUCGCAUAUGCGCGACGGCAUUUUAUUUUAAAUACAUAUCGUUAUUUUGUAGAUAAUACUGUUUCUACCUCACCAAGUGUCCGUGUUGUUCAAGUAUUCUACACGCUUAUCGCGAGUGGAUAUAUUUUUGUAUACCGCACAAUUAUAAAAAUUUAUUGUAUGUGA